AUGGAUACAGUAGAACAACAUGUUGUCACCUCAUUCGAAACGCUUUACGAUGAUACUGAACUAACUGACUUUGAGCUCCGCGCAGAGGAUGGAUCUGUGAAAGUACAUAAAGAAGUCCUUGCAGCUUCUAGCCCCGUAUUGAGGCGGAUGCUCAGCGGCAGCUGGCGAGAGACUACAGAAGGUCACGUCGACGUCCCAGGUACUUCGGUACAGACAUUACAGCAUUUUAUAGAUUACAUAUAUACAGACACGCUGCCCCAUACUGGUUUGGAGCAGAUCCUGCUUCUUGGCUCGUAUUACAUGAUACCAGAUUUAGAGCAGAGAUGUGUGAAUACAUUGAUAAAAAGCUUGUCAGCGCAGAACGCGUGCGAUUUGCUGGAGUUCGCAGUGAAACACAAAGUGACCGGGCUUGUUCUGGCCAUUCUUGACUGCGUCCAAAGUCGGAGGGUGCAAGUUACGGAUAUGCGUCAACACUUUUUGAAUUAUCAAAAUAAUAAUUGUGAAAAAUAA